AUGUCUACAGCGAUUUUAAAAUCUGGAGUAACAAUUGAUGAAGAAGUUAAGCAUGAACCGAUUGAUGAGCAUGUUGCAGACACCAGUAAAAACAAAAAUAUUGAUAAUGUCGGUAAGUCAAGUGAUUUAGUGGAUAAUAUAAAUGAAUGCAAUAAAUCAUUUAAAAAAGUUUUAGGAAAACGUAAAACUACCCUAAAUGUGAAACAACCCUUGAAAUGUAAAAUUUGCAAUAAACAUUUUUCAACAAUUAGCACCUUACGUCGACAUAAAAUGAUUCAUACAGGAGAACGUCCUUACAAAUGUGAAACCUGUAAUAAAGCAUUUAUAACAAAUCAUGAAUUAAUUCAACAUAAAAGGAAUCAUACAGGAGAACGUCCUUACAAAUGCAAAAUAUGUAAUAAAGCAUUCAUAGCAAAAGAAACAUUAAACCGACAUUUAAUGAUUCAUACUGGAGAACGACCACAUAAAUGCUUAAUAUGCAGUAAAGCAUUUACAACACACAGCAAAUUGAAACAACAUUAUUUUGUCCAUACUAAAGAAAGUAAACAUAAAUGUGCAGUAUGUAAAAAAACAUUCGCAAAUAAACAAAAUUUAAAUCACCAUGAAAUGAUCCACACUGGUGAGCUUCCUCAUAAGUGUGCAUUAUGCAAUAAAUCAUUCACAAUUAAAGAAAUAUUAAACCGACAUCUAAUGAUUCAUACUGGAGAACGACCACAUAAAUGCAAGAUAUGCAAUAAAGCAUUCAAAUUAAACAACAUUUAA